CAGAUCCCGAUCUUAAAUUUAAAAUUAUGGAGGGAGAUGGCACACGCACAUGACACAUAUACAUAUUCAUAAUCAUCUCUAGCUAGAAAAAUAAAGCCAAGAAAGAGAGCGUGGUCAUUUCGUCAUCCUUCCUGUUCCCAAGAGCAAGAAACAGAGAGAGAGAGAGAGAGAGGUCCCUCCUCCUUGGGAGUGAGUGACAAUAAUAAUAAACUGUUUGAUUAGCAGACGCAUAUUUAGAUUGUAGAGUGUGAAGAAAAAGCAUCAUUCACCACUACCAUUUGAAUGGGCAGAGAGUGGCUAUAUUGGGUGGGAGUGCCCCGCCCCUCCACCAGAAGGCGGAAGCCUCACACUCAGACUCAGACCACCUCCGCCGGCUGCAUGUGUGCCGUUUUUCAGCUCUUCGAUUUGCAUCACCACCUUCCUCUCAAUCACCAACAUUCUCUCGCCCCUUUCAUUCAGCAACAAUCCAUCUCUCACCAUGCAGCCGUGGACGCACCAAGAAACAGCUUGGAACUGGAGGAGCCACCCGCCGCCAUUCAACAAGAAGAGAAUUUAAAUUUCCCUGGUGGAAUCCAGAUCAAAACAAGAAGAAAAGAUGAUUCCGGUGCAGAAUCCAGCAUGGAUUCACCCUCAACAAAGACCCCAAAUCUGGUAGCAAGGCUAAUGGGCCUGGAUUUACUUCCAGAAAGCAGCUCCCCCUCAUUUUCCUCAACAAAAUCAAAGGACAGAAACAGAUGCUUCUACGACGACGACAUCAAAGUCGGCGCUCGCUCCUUGCCGGAAACACCAAAAAUCGACUACCACCGCCUCUCUCUGCAGAUAAACAAAGAGAACCACACAAACGAUACAAGGCCCAGAUUCCGACAGCAGCAAGACGAGAACAGCUACGCCAAGCAGAUUUUGAAGCAAGUCAAACAAACUGUGAGCACAAGAGUCGGGCUCGACAUCACCAACACCACCAGAGACGAAAUCAGACGGGAUCAAAAUCUCCUCAUCAAACUCUCCAAGAAGAACGACACCAAGCAAUCCACGACUUCGCCCAAGUUAAGGAUAUUAGACACCAAUAAAAGUCCAAGAAACUCAACGUCUUCCGACACUAAUCCGCCCAAGCCUAAGCAUCAGCCGCACAAGGAAAGCAAUAAAACAGGGAGAAAAUUAGGCCCAAAAACUAGCGAUCAAGCCAUCAGAAACAAGAAAGAAGAGGCAUUUGUCCGACCGCCGCCGGCGAACUUGACGGAGAAGAAGUCCAAGAAAGCUCCAUUGUCGAGUGAGCUUCUUCAUUUAAGUGGUCCCACGAUUCUGCCGGUCAAGAAAGGCCCUUCCCCUCCUGCUACUAAACUACCUCAAAAACAGGCACAGGUAUCAGAUGCUCUUUCAUCGAAAAGGAACACACAGUUAUCUAGUAAUACGAGCCGGUCGUACAAGCAGCCGCAGCCGCAGCCGCAGCCGGAUAAAAUAUUCACCGCCGCGGCGGAGGAGUACAGAUGCUACAUCCAGAAAGUCCUGAAACGCUCCGGCAUCAUCGACAAAUUAACCCCUCUAACCCUAGGCAAAUGGCACACCCCUUCACACCCCCUCGACCCCUCAAUCUUCUACUACCUCGAGCUCUUCCACCCCUCCGGCCGCCCCUCCGCCGCCGUCCUCAGCCGCCGGUGCAACCGGAAGCUGAUUUUCCAGCUGGUGGACGAGAUUCUGGCUGAUAUUUUAAGGCCACACUUGGAUUACAAGCCGUGGAUUAAUAAUUACAAGGCGCCGAAUGAUUUGAGUUUGGUGGAUGAUGUGUGCGAGAGAAUCGAGAAUUUCCCUGGCGCCGACUGUCAGGUGCUUGAAGAUAUCGACAUGUUGAUAGAGAAGGAUCUGAGGAAGACGGCGGUGAAUGGUUACUUGGAGGAGGAAGGGGAGCGGUUGGUGCGUGAGGUGGAAGCUGAAAUUGUGGAGCGGUUAGUGAGUGAGACGGUGGCGGACGGGGUCCGUACGGAGAGGCAAAAGAGGUGGUUGGCACGUGCGUGACCACAUUGCCUCUUCCACGUCACAAACAGACUGUAUAAACCUUUCUACUUUUUCCAAUUUUCCAUACUCUGCUAUGUUUAACUUCUUCCGUAUUAAACUCUUUUUUUAAUUUCUCAA